AUGAAGGACCAGACCGAUUCGAGUCUGCCACCACCCCCGGCGUACAACGAAACCCAAACGCCCGGCGCCUCAGGGCCCGGCAACCCAACCUCAUACUAUCAAAGCGAGGAAACCCGGGACUUCAUCCCAGACGACUUCAAGUACUCCACGACCGUCGUGUCGUGCGAGCCACAAGUCCGCCGAUGGUUUAUGCGCAAGGUGUACACUCUGCUAUCGUUCCAGAUCCUGUUCUCCUUCGCCUUCUGUCUGUGGGUAAGCCGUUCCACGUCGCUCCAAGAAUUUGUGUACCAAAAGCAAUGGCUCUUCUUCGUCGCGAUGAUCGGAGGUAUUGUCAGUUGUAUCUGGCUCACGCUGGCCCCAAGGGCCAGUGACUACGACGAGGAUUCCUCUCUGCUGAACUCUGAUGCUGCCGACCCGCAGCCUCUUGCCGAGCGGUCCAAACGGCCCUGGUACUGUCUUUCAUACCGCGGCCAGUUGGCGCUUCUGGCGGGUUUCACCGUUUGCGAGGCCUAUACCCUUUCGCUGGUAACGCUGGUAUACGAACCCCGCACCAUUUUGAGCGCCAUGCUCAUAACCGGAAUUGUGGUCGUCGGAAUAACCGCGAUGGCCGUAUCCGACAGAUUUGAAGCCACCGUGACAGCGUCAGGCACCAUCUACUACUGGCUCAACCUGGCCGUAUGGCUGCUGAUUGGAAUUGGCUUUUCGUCCAUGUUUUUCGGGAUGAACUCGACUGUGGAUCUGAUCUACAGUUGGCUGGGCGCCGCCGUCUUCACCGUGUAUUUGUUCAUCGACACACAGUUGAUUUUCCGCAAGGUGUACCCCGAUGAAGAGAUUCGUUGUGCGAUGAUGUUAUACUUGGAUAUCAUCAAUCUCUUCCUGUACAUCCUGCGCAUUCUCGGCAGAAACCGCGACGACUGA